AUGGCUGAAUUCCUUGACCUGGAAACGCAGGACUCCGUCCGCAUGCCGUGGAACGUCCUCCCCGGCACGAAAGUCGACGCCGCGAAAUGCGCCAUCCCGAUCUCCGCCGUCUACACCCCCUUAAAACCCCUGCCGGCGUCCACGCCGCUCCUCCCCUAUUCACCGCUCCGGUGCCGCAGCUGCCGAUCCGUGAUCAACCCGUUCUCGAUCGUCGAUUUCUCCUCGGUGAACAAGAUAUGGAUCUGCAGCUUCUGCCUCCAGCGCAACCACUUCCCGCCGCACUACCAGUCCAUAUCCGAUCAAAAUUUGCCGGCGGAGCUCUUCCCGCAGUACACGACGAUUGAGUACGAGACCACGGCCCCGAACGAGAAGCCGCCGGCUGGGAGCAGUAACGUGUUUUUGUUUGUUGUGGAUACUUGCGUCAUUGAGGAGGAAUUGGGUUUUUUGAAGUCUGCGCUGUUGCAGGUGUUAGGAAUGGUGCCCGAAAAUUGUUUGGUUGGGUUGAUUACUUUUGGGACAUAUGUGCAUGUCCAUGAACUGGGAUUUGGGCAGAUUCCAAAGGUUCACGUGUUCAAGGGGACAAAGGAGGUGAGCAAGGAUCAGUUGUUAGAGCAGAUGGGCUUCUUUUCAAAAAGGCCAAAGCCAACUACGGGUGUGAUUGCAGGGGUGAGAGAUGGACUAUCACAGGAAAGCAUUGCGAGGUUUUUGUUGCCUGCCUCCGAUUGUGAGUUCGUUCUGAAUUCGAUUUUAGAGGAGCUUCAAAAGGAUCCAUGGCCGGUUCCAUCAGAUCAACGGGCCGCUAGAUGUACUGGAACUGCAUUAAGUUUGGCUGCCCAUUUGUUGGGAGUAUGUGUUCCUGGUUCGGGAGCUAGAAUCAUGGCGUUUUUGGGUGGGCCAUCAACAGAAGGGCCAGGAGCUAUAGUAUCUAAAAAUCUGUCUGAACCUAUUCGUUCUCACAAAGACUUGGACAAAGAUUCUGCUCCGCACUAUCACAAAGCAGUGAAGUUUUAUGAAGGACUUUCAAAACAACUUGUUCAUCAAGGCCAUGUGCUAGAUGUUUUCGCUUGUGCCCUUGAUCAGGUAGGAGUUGCUGAGCUUAAAGUAGCAGUUGAGAAAACUGGUGGACUUGUUGUUCUUGCUGAAAGUUUUGGCCAUUCAGUUUUUAAGGAGUCGCUAAGAUGUGUUUUUCAAUCUGGCGAUCAUGAUCUGGGAUUGUCAUCAAAUGGUAUAUUUGAGAUAAACUGCUCAAAGGAUAUCAAAAUUCAAGGAAUUAUUGGACCUUGUGCAUCACUUGAUAAGAAAGGUCCUUCCUGUUCUGAAACUGUCAUUGGACAAGGAAAUACUACUGCAUGGAAGUUGUGUGGCCUUGACAAGACUACUUCCUUGUGUAUUAUAUUUGAUGCUACCAAGAAAGAGAGCCCAGAUUUCAUUACUCCGGCAGCCAACAACCAGUUUUAUUUCCAGUUUCUGACAUAUUAUCAGCAUGGCAGUGGACAAAUGAGACUACGUGCCACUACUCUUUCCAGAAGAUGGGUUGCUGGACCUGGAACUAAAGAGGAUCUUAUAUCAGGAUUUGACCAAGAAGCAGCGGCAGUGGUAAUGGCACGCCAGGUUUCUACCAAAAUGGAAACUGAGGCUGAAUUUGACCCUAUAAGAUGGCUGGAUAAAUCAUUGAUACACAUAUGUUCUCAAUUUGGGGAGUACCAGAAGGAUAGUUCAUCUUCUUUUAGUUUGUCUUCGAGAUUAUCGAUAUUUCCUCAGUUCAUGUUUCAUUUACGGCGUUCACAAUUCGUCCAGGUCUUCAAUAACAGUCCGGAUGAGACAGCAUACUUUAGAAUGAUACUGAACAGAGAAAAUGUUUCUAACUCUGUCGUUAUGAUUCAACCGUCUUUGAUUUCCUACUCAUUCCAUUCCGCACCAGAACCUGCUCUUCUUGAUGUGAUUUCCAUUGCUGCUGAUAGAAUACUUCUCUUGGAUUCGUAUUUCACUAUUGUUGUAUUUCAUGGAUCCACUGUUGCACAAUGGCGAAAAACUGGGUAUCAUGAACUGCCCGAACAUCAGGCGUUUGCUAACUUGCUACAAGCUCCACGUGAUGAUGCGAAUGCAAUAAUGAGAGACAGAUUUCCUGUACCUCGCCUUGUAGUUUGCGAUCAACACGGUUCUCAGGCCCGUUUUCUGCUAGCAAAAUUGAAUCCAUCAGCUACUUACAAUUCCGAUACUCCAGCUGUCCCGGGAGGCGACAUAAUAUUCACUGAUGAUGUCAGCUUUGAGGUCUUCUUAGAUCAUCUUCAGCGUUUGGCAGUUCAAUAG